AUGGUCUACUACUUCACCUCCAACGUCGUCGACCCCCCGGCCUUCAUCUACGUCGGCAAGGACAAGUUUGAGAACGAGGAUUUGAUCAAGCAUGGCUGGGAGGAGGAUGUCUGGCCUUGGUUCCACGUCGACAAGUUGUCCAGCGCUCACAUCUACCUGCGCCUGCGGGAGGGCCAGUCGUGGGACAAUAUCCCGAGCGAGCUGCUCACCGACCUGGCGCAGCUAACAAAGGCCAACUCGAUCGAGGGAAACAAAAAGGACAACAUCACCGUCAUCUACACCCCUUGGUCUAACCUUAAGAAGGACGGCAGCAUGGCCGUGGGCCAGGUCAGCUUCAAGGACCACAAGAAGGUCAAGAGGAUACUUGUUCCCCAACGGGAGAACCCCAUCAUCAACAGGCUCAACAAGACCAAAGUGGAAAAGUUCCCCGACCUGAAGCAGGAGAAGGACGACCAUCUGCGAGAGCUGCGCAAGAAAGACCAAGCGGCACAACUGGCGAGGGUAGGUAUCGCUGUAUCUGUCAUGACCCUGUUGGGCUUUAUUAACUAA